CAUGCUGAGUCUUUCCUGCUCCCAGAUUGUGCUGCUACUCCUGUUGCUCAGAGGUGCUGAAAACAGUCCUGCUCCAAAAGUCUGUGGCCAGCCUAAAGUGCACUCCCUUCGGAUUGUUGGGGGGCAGAAGGCUGAAGAAGGGGAAUGGCCAUGGCAAGUCAGUAUCCGAGAAAAUAGACGACAUGUGUGUGGUGGAAGCCUCAUCUCAUCUCAAUGGGUGGUGACAGCAGCUCAUUGCUUUGAUGGACCACUGGCUCCAUUUAUGUACCGGAUAAACCUGGGAGAAUAUGAGCUCCCCAAACCUGCAGACAGCAUGGUCUCCGCUGCCAUUGGCCAGAUCAUAGUGCAUCCAUAUUAUGCUGGAGAUGGACUCAGUGGGGAUAUUGCAUUGGUACGACUGAAGGAACCGGUCACUUUCUCCCGAACUAUUCUGCCCAUCUGCCUGCCAACUAAAAGAGAUCCGGAGCCCUUCCCUGUUGGGAUGCAAUGUUGGGUCACUGGCUGGGGAAACCUCUAUCCAGAUGCCCCCUUCCUUACUCGGACCCUGCAAGAGUUGGAGGUGCCAAUCCUCGAUGUAGAUGAGUGUGACAAAAUGUACCAUAAUGACUCCAAUGCUGACAGUGAAACUGAGACCGUGCCAAAAGGCUACAGGCUGAUCUAUGAUGAUAUGAUCUGUGCUGGGUAUCCAGAAGGAAAAAAGGAUUCCUGCCAGGGUGACUCUGGGGGGCCCCUGGCUUGCAAGCAGAACAACACUUGGUACCUGGCUGGAUUGGUGAGCUUUGGGUUGAGCUGUUCAGAGCCCAACCGACCUGGAGUCUACACUCGAGUCACCUCCUACAUGGACUGGAUUCAGCGCACUAUUGAAAAGAACACAGCUACCAGCAGUGGUGUCCAUGUUUCAACUGCCAAAUCUGCCACGUUCUUAGUUCUGCCCCUUCUCCUGGGUAUUUUCCACACUUGGGCCCUUUAGUACUGCUGCCUUAAACCUGUUGGAAGUGCCCUUAAAAUGGAUGCUCAACAUUGCACUGAUUUUACUACCAGUAAAAUCCAAUGAUGCCUAUAACCAUGACCAUACCCUUAUGCAUUUCCCCAUUCAGUAUAAUGAGAUUUAUUCUUGUAUCUAGGGACACCUUUCAUACUUGUCAUUAGUUUAUCAUAAUAAUCACAGCUGCUCUUGAAAUUAUAUCUGAACUGGAAUGUAGGUUAUACAUUUUUUAAAGUUUGCCCUGCAUCAAGGUUGUCUAUCUUUCCCACCACUGCCACCAAUUAUGAUGGAUUCCACCAGUCCCUCUACUGUGGUACCAAAUAUGGGGACCUCCUAGAUGGCCUCAUGGUUCCUUGUGAUACAAUCCCACUACUGGAUACCACUGCCCUCCAAUCACUGCUGCUACCACAGACAACAUAUGUCUGAACUCAUCCACACCACUGAUGCCUUGGUGGUGUUCUCAGAGGCACAAAGGUAUAAUACAAACUUUAAUUUAUUAAAUAGAAGUAUGACAUACAGUCAGCUCUUGGUAUCCACUGUAUUUUGGUUCCAAGACCUCCCGUGGAUACUAAACUUCAUGGAUGCUCAAGGUUCAUUAUAUACUAUGGUCUAUUGAAAUGGUGUCCCUUAUAUAAAAUACAAAAUUUGCUUUUUGGUAUUUUUAUUUGGAAUAUUUUCAAGCCAUGGCUGGUCGAAUCUAUGGAUGCAGAAUCUGUGGAUACAGAUGUGGCC